AUGGUCCAUGCGCCGCGCUAUCUGUUGGUCGUGCACAAGCCGCGGGUGGUAAGCGACGAGGGUAAGGACGGCCAAGAGGUCGUGCGAGUCAGGACGGCGUCGCUGUCAUUCCUUGUCAUGCCGUUCCUGUACCAUACCGUGCACGUCCAGAACGAUUACACGCUUCGCGAGGCCGGGCCCGUAGGCAAGGUUGUCAAGAAGUGGAUAAAGAAGGCGAACUGCAAGACGUACUCGUGGAAGGAAGCCGGCGUGGACCAGCCGCGAGACGAAGCUUUGGUUCGGGGUAGAGGACUCGGUUGCAACGGCCAAGACGCUGGACUUGGCAUACGAGGCGGCAGGACUAAAGCCGUGGCCAACAAGUACGAGGAAGGCUAG